AAAAAAAAAAAUGGAACAAGGAAACAGAGAAUCUACAAACAGCUGCUAUUCUGCAACCACUUUUGCCCGCCUCCCAUACUUUUUGCCUGUCCAAAAACUAUGUGUACUACCAUGUCAGCUUCCAGACAAAUUACUUAUACUAAAAUAUGAAUAUAUACUACAGUAAAUUAAAGAAUAAAUAUUUCAAAUAUGGACCAUUCUACUUAGAUCUCUAAACCCCAUAUCACAUAAUCUAUAGCUUUCAACAGUAAUUCUUGAGCUGUAAACAAGGACUGCUCUUUAGAAGUUGCUUUCAACUUUUUCAUGUCUAAAAUUCUACUAAAAACAAUGCACGUAAAACAAAGUUUUCUGUUUUUAUGGUAAUUUCAAUGCUUUAUUCUCUUGUUUGUCUAGCCCUUUUCACCUCUGCAUUUUAAUUGUCAUUUUGUAGUUUGUCUUCUUUAAUUUCUGUUCCUAAUUAUUCUUCUGUUUCAUUGGGUUUUAAAGAGUUCCCUUAGGAUGUUUUUUCUUUUCAUUUUUGUAAAUUUGUAAUCUUUUGCUAGUUUCAAACUUGCUUUCUUUUUUCAGAUAAGAAUUUUUUUUUGCCCACAGUAGAUCUUUAUCAUCAAUUCUUGAUCUGAUCCAAUAUUGCAUUUACCCUUUGCCUUUAAAUUUCACUUUUUCUUGAUAUUUGUCAUUUUUUAUCUCUAGGGGUGAAAGGGUACUAGGAAAGAUUUAAACUUUAGUAAGAGCUGGACCAAAAGUCAGAUUCUUGGAGAGAAGUAUGGAAAUAUUUGAAUUUUUCUUGAUAUUUGGCAUUUUCCAGCUCUAGGGGCGAAUGGGUACUAAGAAAGAUUUAAACUUUUAAAAGAACUGGACCUAAAGUAAGAUUCUUAGAGUGGACAAAAGUGUGAAAAAUUUGAAAGUUUGCUACUUUUUGGAGAAAAUGUUGUGUGCUUGUUCUGGAGAGCAAUUUAAAUUUGAUGAGCCAGCACCAGAGUCUCCUGAGUCAUUGGCCACCAGGGAUUUCUCAGCCAGUGGCAUUUCAUCUAGAACUGGAACAGUAGAUUGGGAUUCUAAAAUUGAUGAUGCCCAAGUUGAUGAAGUUGAAUCAACUUUAAAAGAGGCACUUUCCUUGAACUAUGAGGAAGCAAGAGCUCUGCUAGGGAGGCUCGAAUACCAAAGAGGGAAUUAUGAUGCUGCCCUUCAAGUGUUUCAAGGAAUAGAUAUUAGAACCCUGUCCUCGAGAAUGUCUAAAGCCAUUGCUGAGAGAACGAGGCCCUUAAAACCGCGCUCCAAAAGUGAUGUCGUGCCUGCUGGUGUGAUGUCACUGCAUUCUGUGAGUCUGCUUCUUGAAGCGAUUUUGCUUAAAGCAAAAUCCUUAGAAGAGCUUAGCCGAAUCAAAGAUGCUGCUAAGGAGUGCAAGAUGAUACUGGAUGUUGUCGAUUCAGCAUUACCGAAUGGAAUACUGAAGGGAAUUUCUGAAGACUGCAAGUUGCUGGAGAUGUUUCAUAAAGCGCUUGAGUUACUUCCGAAGUUAUGGAUACAAGCAGGGUAUUUGGAUGAAGCUGUGCUUGCAUAUCGAAGGGCUCUAGUCAAGCCAUGGAAUUUAGAUCCCCAAAAAUUGGCCUCUAUACAAAAAGACUUAGCUUCCACUUUACUCUUUGGUGGGGUUGAAGUUGAGGUUCCUGCUCAAUUUCAAGUGUGGGGUUUAACAGCCCCUAAAAGUAAUUUAGAGGAAGCAAUUCUCUUGUUGGCUGUACUAAUGAGCAAAAUGCUAAAUGGUCAAAUAGGAUGGGAUUCUGAAAUUAUGAGCUAUUUGACAUUCGCGCUGACAAUUUCUGGCAACUUUGAGUCAGUUGCAGAUCUUAUUGAGCAGGUUAUUCCCGGAGUUUAUACCCGAGCAGAGAGGUGGUAUCUACUUGCUCUUUGUUACAGUGCUGCUGGUCAGAAUGAUACGGCUUUGAACCUUGUCAAGAAAAUUUCUGGAUGUUCGGAAGCCAACCAAGAACCUCAUGUUCCGUCUCUCUUGUUGGGAGCAAAGCUUUGUUCUCAGGAUCUGCAGCAAGCUCAUGAGGGGAUAAAUUUUGCUCGUGAAGUAAUUAAUAACUUGGCCAAAAAUCAAAACGAACAUUUCUUAGUUCAGGCUCAUAAACUUCUUGGCGUCUGUUAUGGAAAUGCAGCAAGAGUUUCCCUUUCGGAUUUUGAAAGAAAUUUCUGCCAAAGAGAAGCAUUGGCUGCCUUAAACUCAGCUUUUACAGUUUGCAAGGAGGAUGAUCCAGAAAUUUUGUUAAGUCUUGGAUUGGAAAAUGCCAUCCAAAGAAACUUGACUCGAGCUUUUAAUAAUGUAAUGCGUUACUCAGAAAUGUCGGGUGGAAGUACAGCGAAAGCUUGGAAAUUGUUGGCUUUAGUUGUUUCUGCAGAACAGCGAUUCAAAGAUGCUGAAGCCAUUGUUGAUCUUGCUCUCGAUGAGACUGGACAAGUUGACCAAAUGGAAAAUCUCAGAUUAAAAGCUGUCCUUCAAAUAUCUCAACAACAGCCCAAGCAAGCCAUUGAGACAUACAGAGUUCUGCUUACUUUGAUUCAAGCACAGAAGGAGUCUGCCACAAAUGAUGAGGUAACUUCUCAGAGAAGAUUGGAAGUUGAAGCAUGGCUUGAUUUAGCAGGAUUAUACACGGAUCUGGAGUCAUGGCGUGAUGCUGAAUUAUGUAUAAACCGAGCCAAAGCAAUUCGAUUUUUCUGCCCUCGGAGAUGGCAUGCAACAGGUGCAUUAUUUCAAGCUAAAGCAAGACAUAAGGAAGCUCUUGUUGCAUUCUCAGUUUCUCUAUCGAUAGAACCAGAUUAUAUCCCCAGCAUUGUUUCUACAGCUAAAGUGCUUGUGAAAACGGGUAACGAUGCGGUCCCUAUUGCUAGAAGUUUUUUAAUGAAUGCUCUGCGAUUAGAACCCACGAACCAUGAAGCGUGGUUUAACCUUGGAAUGCUCGCAAAGAUGGAAGGCUUGGUGCAGCAAGCAGCAGAUUUUUUCCAAGCCGCGCAUGAGUUGAAGCUCUCUGCUCCAGUUCAAAGUUUUGUCUGAUAGAGACUAUUAAUUCGAGGCAGAAAAUGAAAACUUGACUUCGGGCAUCCAUCCAGUUUUUGUGAAGCAAUCCAAGAAGCCCAGCAAUUUGUUAAUAGAAUAGACAUUUUGUAACUGAUUUGUGAAGGCGAUGGAUUUUUUGAUGUAUCAGUGGGAAAAGAUCUUCGAUAGAAAGGUCUAUCCGGUUCUGUAGAGUUUUGAACCUGAACAGUAUAUAUCGAUGUUGAACAACAUCUUUGACAGCCUAAUGGACAUGCCUUGCAGCCUUGGUACCUUGAUCGGUGUAUAUAACAAUUGCAAUUUUUUGCUAGCUUUUGGACCUAA